GAUUUUGACACGUCAGUGUCAAAUGAGAGUUUCGCUCAAUUCAUGUAAUUUCGUCAUUAGUUUUAGAGAUAUUAGCAACGAAAUCACAUUGGAGACACACACUUAAGUUAUACGAACCAAAUCUCAAGCACUUUAGUAUAGACGUGAUUUUCAUCAUUUUAAAAUCAAAAUGAAACAAUUUGUUUUGUUUCUUACACUUGCAUUACUUGUUAAUGUUAUAGUUGCACGCGCUGUUGAUAAGAAAAAUGAAGAAAAUAAAGAAAAUAAGGAACAUAAAGACGACGAAGAACUAGAUGGUGCUUUAGAAUAUGAACGGUAUUUAAAGGAAGUAGUGAAUGCAUUGGAAACUGAUUCGGAAUUUCGAAAAAAACUUGAAAAUGCCACCGAUGUCGAUAUUCGGUCGGGCAAAAUAGCAUAUGAAUUGGAAAAUGUUAGUCAUCAUGUUCGAUCGAAAUUAGAUGAAAUUAAAAGACGAGAAGUUGAGAGACUUCGUCUAGCAGCCAUCAAACACUUUGAACUCACCAAUGACAUAGACCGUGCGCACAUGAAAAUUUCCGAUACUAAGCAUUUGGACCAUGAAAAUGAGCACACAUUCGAAAUUGAAGAUUUAAAGAAAUUAAUUAAGCAAACAUCCGAAGAUUUGGCAGAAGCAGACAGAAAACGACGAGAUGAAUUUAAGGAAUAUGAACUGCAAAAGGAAUUUGAAAAACAGGAAAAACUACGUGCUAUGGAUGAAGCGCAUCGUAAAAAGUAUGAAGAAGAUUUGAAAGUUCAGCAACAGAAACAUAACAAACACGAACGUGUACAUCAUCCGGGAAAUAAGGCGCAGCUUGAAGAAGUAUGGGAGAAACAAGACCACAUGGAUGUUGCUGAUUUCGAUCCAAAAACCUUCUUUAUGAUGCAUGAUCUGGAUGGCAAUAAUUUCUGGGAUGAAACCGAAGUGAAGGCACUAUUCGUUAAGGAAUUGGAUAAAGUAUAUCAGUCUGGUUUGCCCGAAGAUGAUAUGCGUGAGCGUGUUGAAGAAAUGGAACGUAUGAGAGAGCAUGUUUUCCGAGAAGCUGAUACAAAUCAUGACAAUUUGAUUAGUUUGGAAGAAUUCAUUGCCCAAACGAAGCGUGAAGAAUUUAAUCGCGAUCCAAAUUGGGACACAGUCGAUAAUCAACCACAAUUUACUCACGAUGAGUAUUUGGAAUUUGAAAGACGUCGACAAGAAGAAAUUCAACGUUUAAUUGCUCAAGGAGCGUUGCCACCACAUCCAAAUAUGCCACAAGGAUACUAUCCAAAUCAGCAUCCACAACAAUAUCAAUAUCAAGGUGGUUAUCCGCAGCAACCAGGUGGUUAUCCGCAGCAACACGUUGACCCCAAUCUGAUUCAACAUAAUCCAAAUGUUGUGAAUCAAGGACAAGUACAUCCGAAUCAAAUCUACCAGGGUCAAGUGCAUCCACAAGGCCAAAUAAAUCCGAAUCAAAUGAAUGCACAAUAUCAACAUCAACAAAUCAAUACACAGUACCAACCACCUCCAAAUAUGAAUGGGCAUCCAGGCGUACAAACUGGAAAUCAACAACAAUAUCAACAAGUAAACGCACAAUAUCAACCACCAGCCGCACAAAACACCUUCAAUGCACAAAAUGCACCGAAUUCACAGUAUCAACAACCAAAGAUACCCGAUUCGAAUUUAAAUCAAAUUAAAGCAGAUGCUAACAAAGACACUGGCAAACAUUAA